GGGGCACCCGGUGACGAUGCCACGCUCCUUCCUGGUGAAGAGUAAGAAGGCUCACACCUACCACCAGCCUCGUGCCCAGGAGGAUGGGCUCCUCUGGCCUCCUGCCCUUGGUCCUGUGGCCAGGGACCAGGUCCUGAGCACCAACCCUGUCCUCAGCACCCUGUUCCCAAACCAGUGCGUGGGCUGGACUGACCUCAAACGGGAGCCGGAGCUGGAGCUGGACCAGAGCUUGAUGACCAGGAUGGCCUCCGCCCCAGAGGGGCCUGCUGCGACGUCCCGACCCCAGGAUGGGGGCUCGCCAUCCUCCGACUCACCCCCGUUCUACAAGCCCAGAUUCUCCUGGGAUGCCCUGGCUUCAUCCUACGGGCACAGCUACCAGCAGGCCCCCUCUACCAUGCAGUCUGCCUUCCUGGAGCGCUCCGUCAGCCUGUAUGGCAGCCCUCUGGUACCCAGCACUGAGCCGCCCUUGGACUUUAGCCUCCACUACUCCCCGGGCUUGGACGCAUACCACUGCAUCAAGUGCAGCAAGGUGUUCUCCACCCCACAUGGGCUCGAGGUGCACGUCCGCCGCUCCCACAGUGGGACCCGGCCCUUCGCCUGCAACGUCUGCGGCAAAACCUUCGGCCAUGCAGUGAGCCUGGAGCAGCACACGCACGUCCACUCCCAGGGGCGCAGCUUCGAGUGCCGGAUGUGCGGCAAGGCCUUCAAGCGCUCGUCCACCCUGUCCACCCACCUGCUCAUCCACUCGGACACGCGGCCCUACCCCUGCCAGUUCUGCGGCAAGCGCUUCCACCAGAAGUCGGACAUGAAAAAGCACACCUACAUCCACACCGGUGAGAAGCCACACAAGUGCCAGGUGUGUGGGAAGGCUUUCAGCCAGAGCUCCAACCUCAUCACUCACAGCCGGAAGCACACGGGCUUCAAGCCCUUCAGCUGUGAGCUGUGCACCAAAGGCUUCCAGCGUAAAGUGGACCUGCGGCGGCACCGCGAGAGCCAGCACAACCUCAAGUGAGGCUGUCCCUGCUCCCAGCUCCUGACUGGCCUGCCCCAAGAUCGUGUCACCUGGAGGGAGGCCAGCCUCACACACCAGAUCCCCAGUCUCCUGGAGGCAGCACUGGACGGGACUCGUCAAGCUUGUUUUGAGACUCACGAAAUUGCUGUGUGACCUCGGGCAAGUCACUUUCCCUCUCUGGACCAACAAUUCUCCUGCUGCAAAGUGUGGCAGCUGGAUCUUUUCUGAGCUGAUGUUGUCUACAGGUCUAAGAGCUCGGUGCCUUCCCCCCGGGGCAGAGCCCAGGAGGCCAGAGUAGCCCCAGGUGCACUGCGAUGCCAAGAACAGACCAGAGCUGGGACCCACAGAGAAAUCCUCCCCCUGCCUGCUGCUCACGGGGAUCUGGUCAGCUCGGUUUUCAGCAGGCC